GUAAGACGAGGAUUUCCAAGGUUUAAUUUUGAGAUUAAAAAUAAUCCGAUUCGGUGUUUAAUUCUCGGAAUAAUCGAUGUCUUAACGGGUUUGAUAAAGGAUCCCGCGCCAGUUGACGUCUGUUAAGAGCAUGUUCGUUACGGCCGUUCUGAGAAUGUGAAACUAGUCUAUGACAGAUUCGUAAAAAAAAAUAACUGUUUUUGAAACUAUUUUCUAUUUGAAAAUUGGCGUGGAAAGGAUAAAGAAAUUUCAACAUUGACCCGAGUUUCUAUUUGCAUUGACACGGGACGAGUGAGUAAUUUAUUAUAUCUGGAUUUCACCCCAUCCAAGGGCUGUUUCAUAAAGUAACAAGUACAAGUUGAAGGUGAAUUUUUAUACAAGCUGUAAAAUUAGUACAUACAACUGUUUCAUAAAGCUACAACAGUGGACUUGAGUGACAAAUCAUUAAAUCAUCACUAUAUUGACUGAAUCAAUGCCAUGGACAGGAAAAUAGAAAGAGAACAAUUAUAUAGAUAUCUGUGCCAUGUGGAAGAAAUUAGAGUGUGGUUGCAAACUGUACUGAAUGAAGACCUGCCAUCAACCAUAGCUUUUGAAGAAAGGCUUAGAAAUGGAGUGUUGUUGGCAAAAUUGGCUCAUUUUAUCUAUCCAAAGUUAGUUCCGCUUGCUAAAAUAUACGACCUCGAUGAAAAGAUAUAUGACAUCAAUGGACUUUGUUUCAAGCACACUGAGAAUAUUAACCAUUUUUUACUUGCCUUACAAAGGCUUUCUUUUCCACAGUCAAUAUGCCUGGAGACAACCGACAUUUACAACAAGAAUAACAUGCCUAAAGUGAUGUUCUGCCUACAUACGUUAAUAUCACAUCUUCACAAACUUAAUAAUACACCACAAAUUGAAUCUCUAGUUGGAAAAGUAACAUUCACAGACAAAGAAAUUGAUAUCCUGGGAGCAGAAUUCAAAGAACACACUCGUCAAAAUUUUCUUUUUGAUUUUCUGGAUAAAAGUGAAAAUGUCAAAAUUAAAAAUAAUAUUAAAAGGAAUAUAACAGGACAUACGGUUAAUGGAGCAAAACCAGAUAGUGAAAUUUUGGUUGCUUUCCAUGUGGCUCAAGCAGAAGAAAAUAAGGAAAACAUCAGUGGUAGUCCUAAAAAAGAUUUUAUGAAGAAAUUGAAUAAUGCAGUGGAGACUGGAUCGCUGAAAGAAUUUAUUGAAGCUAUACAUCAUCCUGCCCUUGGAAUAGACAAAAUGAAAUUGAAGUCUCAGUUUGUUUCGCUUUAUUUAAUGGAACUGAAAGAGGAUAAAAUUUGCCAGGGAAUGAUUCAGAGUGAUGGGGUUAAAUCGAGUAUCGACAUACUUUACUCUAUUGCUUUAAUAUCAGAAGCUGUUGAUACUAUGUGUCCAGAUAAAACCUGGUCUGCACUAAAUUCAUCAUUAGUGGUCUUUCAAGGACUGGACUAUGAUUUAAAAGACCAAUAUCUCAAGGCUUUAAGCGCUUGUAAACGUUUUAUUGAAAUAGAAAGGUGUGACUGUUCUAUUUUAUCGUAUAUGAAUAUCCAGGAUUGUAUCGAUUUAGUUAAUGAAAGAAGAAAAACACUUUUACAAGAAGAAAUAGAAGAAAUCCAAUCCGACCCCCUUAACCCACUGAAUUCUUUAGAAUAUAAAGUUUUAGAGGAUGACUCGAGUUUUUAUUCAGAACUGUUGGUAACUCCGCACAACUUGAACACAGAUUGCGUUAACAUGGAAAAUGCUUGGCUACUACAGCAAUAUUUAAAAGACUGCUUGACUAGUCAGAAUAGGAAUAGCAGAAAAUGCUCAAAUUUGACCUUGGAAUUGCUUGAAGAAGGACUUAGUUAUAUGCAAAGUUUAGUUGCAACUGUAGUAUCAGACAUCAAAUGGCUACAAAAGCUAAAUACUUCUCUUAUACAAGGACAUUCAGAAAGAGUUGUAGAUCUGAUCAUUUCUCUGUCUGGUGUAAAUGAAGACAAUGUAAAUUUUAUUGCAUAUUUGUUAAUAGCGAGAAAGAAGGCAAUGACUGGCCAAUCUCCUUGGAUUAAACAUACAGUUGGUUUAGCCAAUAUUACAAUUAAUCUAACAACGGAACAAUAUUACUGGAGUCAUACAAUAGAUGCUGAUGAACCUUGUUACGUUUCUUUAAGUGAUGUUGAGAGAGUCAUUCGUACUGUCAACAGUAAACACUUAGUGAGAAGGAUUUGCAAACUGCAAUCUCAUUGCAGAGGAUACUUGAUCAGGAAACAAAUCAGGUCAAAUCUAGAAAAAUCUGACUUGGAAAUAAAUCUGAAGAGAGACCCAGUUGUAAUAAUACAGGCAGCUUGGAGAGGGUACAGAGUACGCAAACUAUUCAAGAGCAUAUUGACAGUUGAAAAUGUAACCUACAAAAACUUACGAGCUUUUUUGUCGUUGGUUGAUGUGAACACGGCCGAUUAUAAACGAGAAAUACAUUUGCAGGCUUUGCGAGGACAAGUGGCCCAGUCAAUAAGAACAAACACUGAAUUAAUGGAACAAAUCAAUAAAAUGGACAUAACAAUAGGACUUUUAGUACAAAAUAAAAUAUCUUUAAUGGAUGCUGUAGAAGAGUCUAAAAGACUUGGGAUUGGUGUUAAAGGGUUGAAGAGCUUGAGGGCUGAUAAUAGGCGAAUUUUAGAAGGAUAUGAACAUCUUUUUUACACCUUGCAAACAUCACCUCACUACUUGGCCAAAUUGUUAUUUUGCUUGCCACAAAAUAGGAGUUCCAAAUUUUUACAAUCAGUCAUAUUUAGUUUAUAUAAUUUCGGAGCUAACCAGAGAAAUGAAUAUUUACUUCUAAAAUUAUUUCAGCAUGCUCUUAAAGAAGAAAUCAGAAAUAAAUUUACCAAUCCAUUAGAGGUUAUAACUGGUAAUCCGUUGGUAUUGAAAAUGGUGGUGAAUUACGCUCGAUUGACGUCAGGCCACAACGCUUUGAGGCAUAUUUUAGGACAACUUUUGAUGAAGGUUCUUAAUAAUAAAGAAAUGACAAUAGAAACAAACCCUGUUUCAAUUUAUAAUCAUUGGCGUAAUGAGACGGAAAUGAACUCCGGCAAAUCCUUUGAUUUACCCCACACUGUGUCAUAUGAUGUGGCUUUAAGUCAUCCAGAAGUAGUUAAACGUGUCAACAAAGCAUUAGACCUACUGAAAUCAUAUGUAAGAAUGUUUCUCAAGAGGAUAGUCUCAACGAGAGAUUGUUUACCGUACGGUUUGAGGUUUAUUGCCAAAGAACUGAAAUCAGCGUUAAUGUCAAAAUUUCCCAAUGCACCAUUAAAAGAAAUAAUGAAGGUCGUUGGAAACAUGCUUUAUUAUCAAUUCAUCAAUUCAGCGAUUGUCGCUCCUGAUGCAUUUGAUAUUAUAUCUCUGCCAGCUGGUAAAACUCUUUCAAGCGAUGAGCGUCAUUCUUUAGCAAGCAUAGCGAAAAUCUUGCAAUUUGCAGCAGCAAAAAAAGGGUUUGGAGAUGAAUCAAGACAUCUCAUGUGUGUAAAUCCGUUCAUUAUUGAAUGUCAUGAUGUAUUUAAAGAACACUUCCUACAAUGUUGUGAGGUCGAAGACUUAGAUGUUCACUUUUCAAUAAAUGAGUACACCGAAGCUACGUUGAUUACUUCUCCUAUAAUUUAUAUUUCAUUACAAGAAAUAUUAGAAAUUCAUACUCUACUGAAUGAUAAUAAAAAUGAAAUUGCACCAGAAGUAAAUGAUCCUCUAAAAGAAUUGCUCAAUGAUUUAGGGCCAGUACCUACAUUGUCUCAGCUGUCAGGUUAUGAUGGCAGUGAUGACUACAACGAACGUCAAAUAGCCAAAACUGAAAUUUGUAUAAAACUUAAGAAUAAAUUUGAAGGAUUCGCUGAAAGCAACACAGAUCUGAACAAACUUUUUGUGCGAGCAAAGGAAAUUCUAGUUAUGGUAUUUCCAUAUUUAUCCGGCCACACGUUGCCAGGCGCCCUUAGAAUUGAAAGCACAAAAGAUGAGGCAAAUUUAUUUAAAGAAAGAAACCCCGAGCAAGGGACACUUAAAGAAUGUAAAUCCAAGUUGAAAAAAUAUUUAAAUCAGUUGUGUGAUCAGGGUGUGAUCAGCAAAGACAAUAGCUAUCAAUGCAUAUUAAAUUCUAUCGCUGCUGACAUUUCAAAUAAAAAUAAAUACAGAAAGCAGCAAUCUAAGGACUUGUGCAAUGUGGAAGCAACUUUGAAAAGCCUGAAAGAAAAGACUGCAUAUUAUCAAGAUCAAAUUGUUUCCUACCAACAGUAUAUUGAGAGAUGUUUAGAAAACCUUAACAGCGGAAAACGGAAUAUUCAUGUUGUGAAAAGGACUAACCCCAAUGAAAAAUUUAAUUCGAAACAUGUUUUAAAAUACACUGGAACAAAAUUAUUCGAUAAAGGUAUAUUAAUAUCUAUCGACGGCCUCCCUCCUUCUCAAUAUAAGCACGUACUGUUUGAAAUUCGCCCUUCAGACCAUAACGGGAUAUUUGACAUAACUGGGAAAUUUAUGGGAGUCGAAGUGGAAAACGUUGAAAUCGAUAUGCAAGACUUAUUGCAGCUCCAGUAUAAUGGUGUAGGCGUGAAAAAUAUUUUUGGAAAAGCAAAAAUUAAUAUCAAUUUAUUAUUAUUUCUCCUCAAUGCGAAAUAUUACAAGAAAACUAAAUAGAGUUUUUUUAUCUCUUGUUUUAUCUAUUCAAUGUGUUAUAAAAUGUGAUAUAGUUUAUUUAACUUAACACUUUUGUUAAUACCAAUUUAAUUUAAAUUAAUAUAUUUACUUUUUAACAUUACACUUUAAUAUUUUUUUUAAUAUUAUUUUUAUGUUAAUUUAACAUGUUAUUGUAUACAUAGUAUGCUGUUAGUUUUUAAUAUUUGUUUUGGAUAUAAAUUUGUUGUAAAAGUGUUCUUUUAAUUCAUAAUGUCAUUAUAUAAACUCAUCAAAAAUCUUAUUUGAAAUGUUGUAUGAAUAUGCAACUCAAAUUAAUUCAAUAUAUAAAACCGAUACAAGAAGUUAACCCACUUAAGUUGCGAUAAAACUUACGGGCAACUUUAGACUGUGUAAUAACGUAAUAAUAUACUUAAUAUUUUUUAAUAUAUACACACAAAAAAUAACAUAUUGUAGUCUUAC